AUGGCAUUGCGGUUACUCGUCAACACCGGCCUGUUGGCGAUCCCGAUCGGGGGCUCCAUUGGCACCCUACUGGGGAUUGAUGCCCACCGAUCGGCCACCGGGCAAGCGCCGCUCUUCACGAGCGGGGGCUCCAAUACAAGCACUGGCGGCGAUAGCACUGGCGGCGGCUCCCGCAGUAGUGGCAGCGCGACGAAGAACAGUGUUUACUGCGAAACAUCCUGGGGUAUCUCCCCACCGUCGGAUGGUCUACUCUAUACACUGAACCCCAACCAGUGGGGUGUGACAGAUUCGAGCUCGGGGGCCCUAUGCAUGAAUUUCGCAACUAACGGGAAGGUCCGCGCCAAGAUCACAACGUUCAAGAAUGAAACGUAUUCCACCAAGACCACCGCCCCGGAGUUCUCCGUCACCUGGCAAUAUGACCCCGGCCCCGAAACCGCGCCCGUCCACGCCUAUCCCAACAUCAUGGUGGACGAUGUCUUGCCGGUGGAGUUGGGCAACAUGAGCCAAGUCAAUAUCGAUGUUCACUGGACCUAUGGCGUGGGCAACACCGCCGCAUCCUCCACCGAUAUAUCGGCCCUCACAGCCGAAGACCUCCAGACCAACGUUGCGAUCGAUAUGUUCUUUGACACUGACAAAGCAAUCGCCCAGAACAGCACCCAGGCGAAGUACGAGGUCAUGGUCUGGUUUUUGGAAUUCGGUGCCUCCGCCCAACCCAUCGGUCUCAAUGACGGCGUUGUGACGACAAGGACCUUGAACGGGGUACUUUUCAAACUCUACACCGGCACAAAAACGGUGACGGGUAAUCCGACGCAGAAUGUUCUGUCGUGGGUCGCCUCUGAACCGCAGGAGACGUUCACGGGUGACAUCUACCCCCUCAUCACCGAUCUCUACACCCUGACGGGCGACGUCUACCCAUCCGCUUCGGACUACAUGGGCAUCUUCCAGUUCGGUAGCGAGGCGUUCUCGGUCAACAACAAUGUGACCUUCUCAGUACCGAAACUCUCCAUCGACAUCCAGACAUAA